GCCUAGUUCCCAUAGAAGCUUUCCCAGGGCAGGACGCAGAGAUGGGGGCCCAAUCAAUGGCCUGAACUUCGACUUCGCACGCAUCGCCACCCUUGCUCUUCGCGCCCAGUCAGUAGGCCUUUUUCCCGAAAGAAACCCUUGCUGCCGAAGCUUUUCCUCUUUCCAUACAAAUAUGAGUGGGCUUGGUCCACCAAAUAGCACUUGACAGGUUGGAAAUCAAGGAAAGAGAAGCAAGAUGAGUGGCGCGGGCCGAACGGUGACGCUGCGUCCCGCCUGGUGCGGGUUGAACGAGACCGGAAUCUGGAACUCUCCAUACCUGACCCCUGAAGACAAUGCCCAUGACAUCCGCACCCUUGGAGACAUCACCAACCUCGACGCCGACAAGAUCGUCGAUCUUGAAGUCCGCGAAAUCGAGAAGCGUGCUACCGAUAUCACUCUCUCUGCGAACACCAGCUACUACAAGCGCGUCGCCUACAAGGGUGCCGUCAUGCUGCUUCACCUCUUUUACGACCUGGCUGUCAACCACGUCGUCUUCUACUGGACUAUUGACGGCACGACUCCGGCUCCUGGUAGCAUCCCGCUCGCCUUCGACGACCCGAUUGGCGGUGGUUUCCCUCUCAGAGACUACACCUACGACACUCGCUACAACCUUGGAAGUGUUAUGCGCCCUGGCGAUGUCAUCAAGAUUACCCCUUAGAUUACCCCUUAGAUGCUACUCAGGCUAGAAUACGACGGUUACUUGGAGAUAACCAUGGCCAAGCUCUUUUUUCUCGGUUUCGAUGGAUGAAUCAUCAGUUUGGUCAUCUCGACUAAAUAUAUCUCAGAAGUCGGCCGUCGCUGAAGCGCAUCAGACAGUGGAGAUGGUUUCUUGUAUUUGGUAUAGCAACAAAUUUUAAAAAAGUGCAUCUCCUGGAAACCAGAUACUCCGCAAUUUGUGUGAAUGCUGUGACUCUUUGCUGGUAGUAAUAGUAUAUA